GACCAAGUCAUCCAGCCAGCCAGCGGGGCGAGAGUUCGAGGUGCCGUCUUAGCCCCGCUGCCAAUCCUCGGAUGGUACAAAAGGGGCACACAGCGAUGCAGCCGUUAGCGGAUCCCUUCCCGCGCCCGCCGUGCUGAUGUGUCGAACCCUCAGUCACAUUAGCGCAGACGACCGCACUGGCGAAAAGGCUCAACUCACGCAGGGCUAUUUCGGGCAAAAACACUCAGCGCUAUCAUCGUACACCAGCGGCGCAAAAUCCCUUCAGAGAUCCGCGGGACGGGCAGCUGUCGGCCAUCGCGGGCUGGCGGAAAGGACGAGGCGUUCGGUCUCGCUGCACUCUGACCAGAAGCGUGUCUCCCUCCUCCUGCCUGCAGAGUUCAAGUUGCACUACUACCAUGUUUGCGGUGGCUUCUCUGCAGUAAGCAAAGCAAGGUUAUGCUGCCCAAAAGUUGCCUGAGUCCCAGCGAGAAAGAGAAGGGCUAACCGCGCCGCAACCGAUCCUGAGGAGUUUUUCUCGGUGCCCGCCUGCCCAGCAGAGCCAUGAGUAACCCCGGCGGUCCCAAGCAGGUCGCGGAUGGCCCCGAGCCGUCGUCUUCGCACAGGCCGGCGCAUCCGGACGAGGACGACGACCUGAACAAGGCACUAGGAGUCCAGCGCUUCCAACACAUCCUCAGACCGUCCACUUCCGUGCCCGACGAGCAGCACCACAACUACCAUGAAGAGGACAUUGAAUACCACCGCCACUCGUCCCACCACAUCCACCGCCCUCUGUCCAAGUUGCCCCAGGACGGGCGCCGCAAGAAGAGCAACAAGAAGCGGCGCAAGGACAAGGACCACAAGAGCGGCCACGCCCCUGGCGACGGCCCCGUCGAGGAGGGCGAGGAUGAGGAGGACGAGGAGGAGGAAGGGCAGGAGACCGGCGCCGCCUCCUCCGAGCCGGCGAGGGUCAAGGAUGUGGAGUUCUUCUUGUCCGAUGACGACCGUGUGGGCGUCCCCACAAGGGACCUGGACGUGGUCCCGCACUCCGCCGUGGGAGCCGAUGCUGACGACGGCACAUCCACCGACAAGCCGGAGUCGUCCGACGUCCCCGGCCCGCCGCAAUCGGACCACCCGCCGCUAGCUCGCCUGUCCUCCACCGGGCGCAGCUACGACCUGCAGGAUCGGCGGCGCACCGGCAACAUGACGGGCGCCGAGCAAGCCAAGUACCAGCGCAUCCCCACCGACGAGAGCGAGGCCCAGACGCUCGUCUCUGCCGACCUGGACGGCAUCAAGAGCCAUCGCUUCGAAGAUGUUCCAGGCGUACGCAGACACCUGGUCCGAAAGAGCACCAAAGGUCAGGUGGUGCACACGGGCAAGGACCACAAGGAGUCCGCCACUCGCAGCCGCAAGCAGGACCGCACGCCGCACGAGCCAACACCGGUGGUUCUGUACCGCUCCUUUUCUCGGCCCAAAGGCGUCCUGCUGGACACGGGCGGCAGCGCGAUGGCCACCACGUACAAGAAGGUGUUCGUGGAGCUGAACGAGCUGACCAUGGACAAGAACCAGGAAAUGCAGUGGAAGGAGACGGCCCGCUGGAUCAAGUUUGAGGAGGACGUGGAGGAGGAGACGGAGCGCUGGGGCAAGCCGCACGUGGCCUCGCUGUCCUUUCGCAGCCUGCUGGAGCUACGCAGGACCAUCUCGCACGGUGCGGUGCUGCUGGACCUGGACCAGAAAACGCUGCCCGGCAUCGCCCACCAGGUGGUGGAGAAGAUGAUCAUUUCGGACCAGAUCAAAGCUGAGGACCGCGCCAACGUCCUGAGGGCCCUGCUGCUCAAACACAGCCAUCCGAGCGACGACAAGGAGCACAGCAGCCCCUUUCCCAGGAACAUCUCGGCCGCCAGCCUGGGCAGCCUCAUGACCCACCACCACGCCGCCAACCACGCCCACCCGCCCGAGCCCUCCGUCACCGAGCCGCUGAUGAGCAGCGCGCAUGCGGCGGGUGACUGUGACACGCACGUCGACGUGGAGAAGAACGACGUGCCGCAAAAGGAACCCGCCAUCGUGUCGGGCAUGCAUCGCUCCAAGUCCAAGCACGAGCUCAAGCUGCUCGAGAAGAUUCCAGAAAACGCUGAGGCCACCGUUGUCCUUGUGGGCAGCGUGGACUUCCUGGAGCAGCCCACCAUGGCGUUUGUGCGGCUGCAGGAGGCCGUGGAGCUGGAGUCGGUGCUGGAGGUUCCCGUGCCCGUCCGCUUCCUGUUUGUCCUGCUGGGGCCCGCCACCACCAGCAUGGACUACCACCAGAUUGGACGCUCCAUCUCCACGCUCAUGUCCGACAAGCAAUUCCACGAGGCGGCCUACCUGGCGGACGACCGUCAGGACCUCCUGAACGCCAUCAACAGCUUCCUGGACUGCAGCAUCGUGCUGCCGCCGUCCGAGAUGGGCGGAGACGAACUGCUGCGCUCCGUGGCUCGAUUCCAGCGGGAUAUGAUACGCAAGCGGGAGGAGAGGAAGCUGCUGGCCGACGAACUCAAGAGCCUGGAGGAAAAAGAAGCCCUUAUCACGCCUUUGAAAAAGUCAGACGACCCCUUGGAGCGCACCGGGCGGCCCUUUGGCGGCCUGCUUCGAGACGUGAGGCGGCGCUACCCGAAGUACGUCAGCGACUUCAAGGACGCCCUUAACAGCCAGUGCAUGGCCGCCGUCAUCUUCAUCUACUUCGCCGCGCUCUCGCCGGCCAUCACGUUCGGAGGCCUGCUGAGUGAGAAGACGGAGGGGCUUAUUGGGGUUUCGGAGCUCAUCGUGUCCACCGCCGUGCAGGGCGUCGUCUUCUGCUUGCUGGGAGCCCAGCCUCUGCUGGUUGUGGGCUUCUCUGGACCACUUUUGGUCUUCGAAGAAGCUUUUUACUCUUUCUGCAAGUCCAGCGACAUGGAGUACCUGACGGGCCGCGUGUGGAUCGGCGUGUGGCUGGUGGUCAUCGUGCUCGUCACGGUGGCCUUCGAGGGCAGCUUCCUGGUCCGCUUCGUCUCGCGCUUCACGCAGGAGAUCUUCUCCUUUCUCAUCUCACUCAUUUUCAUCUGCGAGACCUUCCUGAAGCUCGGCAGGAUCUUCACGCAGCAUCCUCUGACGCGCUGUUCCCUCGACCCGCUCCUGCCCUCGAACGACACGGCGGCCCAGAACGCCUCCGCCCAAGACGUCACGACGGCGCCCGUCAACAUCAGCGGCGUUCCCGAGGUGACCAAGAUGGCCGGCCCGACCGGCGAACCCAAUACGGCGCUGCUCUCGCUGGUCCUCAUGGCUGGAACGUUCUUCAUCGCCUUUUACCUGCGCAAGUUCAAGAACAGCGCCUUCUUUCCCGGAAGGCUACGCAGGAUUAUCGGCGAUUUCGGGGUGCCCAUCGCCAUCCUCCUCAUGGUGCUGGUGGACAACAGUUUGGAGGACACAUACACACAAAAACUGAACGUUCCAAGCGGUUUCUCCGUGACAAAGCCCGACAAGCGCGGCUGGAUCAUCAGCCCGCUGGGAAGCGACAGAGAGUUCCCCGUCUGGAUGAUGUUCGCGUGCUGCCUGCCCGCUCUACUGGUCUUCAUCCUCAUCUUUAUGGAGACUCAGAUCACCACGCUGAUCGUGAGCAAAAAGGAACGCAUGCUGGUGAAGGGCUCGGGCUUCCAUCUGGACCUCCUGCUCAUCGUGGCGCUGGGCGGCGCCUCGGCGCUGUUCGGCCUGCCGUGGAUGGCGGCCGCCACCGUGCGCUCGGUGACGCACGUCAACGCGCUCACCGUCAUGAGCAAGGCCGUGGCCCCGGGAGACAAGCCCCGCAUCCAGGAGGUGAAGGAGCAGCGCGUCACGGGGCUCCUGGUGUCCCUCAUGGUCGGCAUGUCCAUCGUGAUCGGCGACCUCCUGCGUAAGAUUCCCCUGGCGGUGCUAUUCGGGAUCUUCCUCUACAUGGGCGUGAUGUCGCUCAACGGCAUCCAGCUGAGCGAGCGCAUGAUGCUGCUGCUCAUGCCGCCCAAGUACCACCCCGACCACAGCUACGUCCGCAAGGUUCGAACGCUGCGCAUGCAUCUGUUCACCUGCAUCCAGAUGGUGUGCCUGGUCGUGCUGUGGGCCGUCAUGUCCACGCAGGCGUCGCUGGCCUUCCCCUUUGUGCUCAUCCUCACCGUGCCCGUCAAAAUGUUCCUGCUGCCGCGCAUCUUCACCUCCCGCGAGAUGCUCUGCCUGGACGCGGACGAUGCCGAGCCGACGUUUGACGAGCGAGAGUGUCACGACGAGUACUCCGAGAUGCACAUGCCCGUGUGAGCCUCCGCCUCAGCCCCCCGUAGCGCCACCCACUGGGAGGCCCCCCGCAGCACACCCAGUGACGUCCUCACCUGCUGCCUGCGUGUCGUGUCAACAAGUGUUCACAGUAUACUUUUUUUUUUCUCUUCUAAUAGAACUAUUAUUAUAUUGUAUUUCAGGGGAUUGCAAAUCAAACGCUGUGACACGUUUACGUUGAAUUGACACGCAACAUGAUCCUAUUACUUUUUUUCGCCCUGAAAGGUUCGCUCUGAUUCACAUUGAAUAUGUGAUGAACAUAUGGGAAGGUUUCCGCUAUGUUCGCAUGCUGACUUACCGCUGCCUUACCAUCAAGUGCCUUAUAUGAAGGAACUACUAAAGUGUGUACUUUGAGGACAUCUGGAUGCCUCGCUUUUCACUUUAUUCGACGCCAAUAGCACUUUUGUUUUUUAAAUGAAGACAUCAAAUCAAAUGUCUGUAACUCAGUGUGAUUGUUUUUAAUCUACUAACAUUUGUCGUAGAGACUGGCAAACUGGGAGUGAUUUGUUGCGAUUUUCCACAUUGUUCUGUGUCAACCCCCCCCCCAAAACAUAUCAAAAUCGUCACAUAUGACAAAUGACAUGCCCUGUACGUUUAAAUUAGCGAUAAGGAACACGAAAUAUACUGGUCUACUACUAAAAUUUAGCUUGACAAGCUAACUAACUGUCUACUAUUUAGUCUACUAUAUUUUAGCGCACUAGUUAGCUUGUCAAACUAACUGCCUAGCAUAUAAAACUAUUGUUAUCUUCGAUUAGCUAUCUUGAAAACCUAACUAGCGAGCUCACAUUUAGCCAAGGUUAUUAUAUUUCAGACUAGUUAUCUUAAAAGUCAGAACAUUUUUGACUGCCACAUAGUCCAAGAAAAUAGUCUUUGGUCUAAGGUGUGGACAACGCAAUACAUUAAUAUUGUAAAAAGUUAAAAACGGUGAACUAGUAAACUUCACAAGCUAAUUUACAAGCUACUACUCUGCUUUCUAUUAUCUUGGACUAGCUACCUUGACAAUCUGGCUUGCAAACUAGUACUUAGCUCAAGUGAUUUUUUAAAUAUUAUUAUUCUAGCUACCUUGACAAGCUAACUAGCAAGCUACUGCUAAGUUUAUCCAUGCUAUUACAAUUAUCUUAAAUUAACUAGCGAUAGCUACCGAGCUACAACUAAGCCUAUCAAAGCUAUUGUCUUAGACUAGUUAGCUUUACACACUAACAAGCGAGCUACUACUUAAGCCUGUAUAAGUUAUUAUAUUAUUACAAUAUUUAGCUUGAAAGGCUAAAUAGCGAGCUACAACAUUGCCUGGGGAAGCGAUUAUUUAUGACUAGCUAGCUUGACAAGCUACCUCACGAGCAAAGACAGACAGACAGGCUAAGUAGUUGCUUGCCAGUUAGCUUGUCUUAGAUUUUUAAAUUAGCUAGUCUACCUUGGUGAGUGCUAGUUAGCUUGUGAGGCAGAUAGUCUUUCUAUAAUAUCUAGCUACCUCACCAUGCUACUUAUCUAUCCCAGCUUGCAAGUUAGCUUUUCGAUCCAUCCAUCCAUCUUUCUAGCUUGUCAAUUCAUCAAGCCAGCCACAUUUUCCACAUUAGCUAUUUUGCUUGUCAGGCUAGCUAAUCCAUCUGAUUAACUUGGCUCACUAGUUCCCUUGUGAAGCUAGCUAGUUUGUCUAUUUUAGCUUGCUAGUUACCUUGUCAGGCUAUCUAGUCCAUCUAUAAUUCUACCUCAUCACGUUUAUCCAUCUUACUGGCUAGUUAAUGUAUCAAGCUACCUUCUCCAAACUCUGAGCCUGGGGUUGCUAAUUAGCUUGUGAAACUAGCUGAUCUAGCUACAUAACUUAGCUUGGUAGUUAGUCACGCUAACUGGUGCAUCUAUAAUCACUAGCUACCUUGCCAUGCUGGUUAGCCUAUCUUAUGGUCGUAGCUUGCGAGUUAGCUUGUCAAGCCAGCUGUUUUACUUGACGACCCAGUAAAAAUGUCAAAAUAACCACAAGAGGGAGACAAAAACAAGCACUCACUUGGUUGUUUAUUUGAAUGACUCAAUGUACAUAAUUUUUGUAUUUUUGGUCCCUAAAACGUUUUUGUUAUUUGAGCACACACCGUAAUUAUUGGGGAUAUUAAAUGUUGAGGGGUUGUCACUUUAUUUAUUUAUUUUUUUGCUGCAGUAGUUAGUAGUGCCAAAUGGUCCAUCAAUCAUCUAUCCAACCAGCAUUCCACCGUUUGUCCUAAAAUGGUCAACAAGACGAGCGUUUAUUGAACAAUAGGGGGAGGCUGAUGAAGUUUUUGUGUUUGUUUUUGGCCCUCCCCCCCCAAAAAAACUGAAAAAGUAAUGGUGUCCUGUUACUCAAGUGCCUGCGGGACCAUGAAGUGGUUAAGAGAGACAAAUAUUUAGCUGUUGCAUUACUGUUUGUUCUUAUUGGGAUGGAACACACACAUACAUAUGUUGAGUUUUAAUAUUUGCUUGUGGUGCCUGUGAAUGAUGUGAAGGUGUUCUGUGUAUGUCUCGAUGAUGAUUAUGGAACACAAGCGGCCACUACUGAAGCUCCCUUGUACAUUUGAUGCUUCAAAUAUUGAUGACAAAUAAAAGUUAUUUUCUAUUUA